AUGGUAGCAAAUAUUAUGUCUCGUUUAUCAUUUGUUCUGGUUCGAAAAUGUUUGAAACCAUUACAAAUAGUUCGAACGUUUACAUCCUUGAAUACUGUCGUUGCUGAACAAGAUAAACUUUUAGUUCAAAAUAAAAAUCCACUCCCCACUGGUUCUAAACGGACACCAUUAUUUAAUUUUCAUAUGAGUCAUCAAGGACGAAUGAUCGAUUUUUCUGGCUGGCAAUUACCUGUUCAAUAUAGCGCAAGUAUUGUUCAAUCUCACAUACAUACACGAGCACAUUCUAGCCUAUUUGACAUUUCACAUAUGUUACAAAUUAAAAUACAUGGAAAAGAUCGUAUUAAAUUUAUCGAACAAUUGGUUGUGAGCGAUAUUGAAAAUUUAAAUAUUAAUUCAGCUUGUCUAACGUUAUAUACAAAUAAAAUGGGAGGUAUCAUUGAUGAUUUAAUUAUAACAAAAACGACCGAUUAUUUAUAUGUUGUAUCAAAUGCCGGCCGAGCUGAAAAUGAUUUAAGACAUUUGAAUGAACAAUUGGAAAAAUCAAACGAUUUGGAUGUGAACAUCGAAGUAUUAUCCAAUCAAGCAUUAUUGGCACUACAAGGUCCGUCCUCUUCGGUUGUAUUGCAAAAGUUCGUUCCAUUUGACUUGGCAACUCUCGCCUUCAUGGAGAGUGCAUCGACGACAUUUUCAAACACAAUCCAAUGCCGUAUUAAUCGGUCUGGUUAUACCGGCGAAGAUGGUUUUGAAAUUAGCCUUGAUGCUACUGAUGCAGAACAAGUUGCUUCGUUACUCUUAGAAUCGAGCGAGGUAGCUCUAGCUGGUCUAGGUUGUCGUGAUUCAUUGAGAUUAGAGGCUGGUUUAUGUCUUUAUGGAAAUGAUAUAGAUGAAAGGACAACACCUGUAGAAGCUAAUUUAACAUGGACUAUUGGUAAAAGACGGCGAGAAUUAGCCGAUUUUCCAGGAGCCGACAUUAUUUUACGACAAAUUCGAGAUGGAGUUGAACGAAAACGAGUUGGAAUAGUAACAAAUGGACAGUGUCCACGUUCUGGCUCUGCAGUUAUAGAUCAAAAAGAUGAAAAAAUUGGACUAAUAACGAGUGGAUGUCCCUCACCAUCACUUAAGUAUAACAUUGGUAUGGGCUAUGUAUCCACGGCUAAUGCCAGAAUUGGCACAGGUGUCUAUUUAGUUGUGAAAAAUAAAAAGAUUCAGGGAAAUAUUGUCAAAUUACCGUUUGUACCAUCUAAACAUUAUAAACCAAACGCAACGAAAAAAUAA